UCGGAGGACGAACAGAUGCACAAGACCCCACUGCAUUGGCCAAAAUUUGGAUUUAGUCGCAGCGCAUUUUAAAGGAAUGGCAUGUCUUAUGGCAGCCUUUUCAGUCAACAAUACUGCAGUGACCAACUCCAUCAUAAUGAAUACAAAUGGACCUCCUGAUCUUAUGUUAGACCCUAGAAGUGUUUGUGUGUCUGUUGAUGAAGUGAUAUCCAGUCACUGUGCCAGUCAGCAGAUGCCUUUAUUGCAUGGACACAUGAAAAAAGUAGAAAACAAUCUGACAGAAGCCCAGCGAUUUUCGUAUCUUCCCCGCAGACCAGCAGUUAACAUUGAAUUCAAAGAUCUCUCAUACUCCGUUCCUGAGGGACCAUGGUGGAGAAAGAAAGGUUACAAGACCCUUCUGAAAGGCAUCUCUGGGAACUUCACCAGCGGCGCUUUGGUGGCCAUUAUGGGACCUUCAGGGGCUGGAAAGUCUACGUUAAUGAACAUUCUGGCAGGAUACAGGGAAACAGGCAUGAAGGGAGAGAUCCUCAUUAAUGGACAGUCCAGAGAUCGGCGGUCUUUCAGAAAAGUGUCUUGCUACAUAAUGCAGGAUGACAUGUUACUGCCACACCUCACUGUGCACGAAGCCAUGAUGGUGUCAGCUAAUCUCAAUCUCCAGGAAAAGGAUGAAGGCAGACGUGAAAUGGUAAGGGAAAUCUUGACGGCACUUGGCUUGAUAGAAUGUGCAGAGACACGGACAUCUCACCUAUCUGGAGGCCAAAGAAAACGCCUGGCCAUCGCUCUGGAGCUCGUCAACAACCCACCUGUCAUGUUUUUCGAUGAGCCCACAAGUGGACUGGAUAGCUCAUCCUGCUUUCAGGUGGUUUCACUUAUGAAGGCUCUCGCUCAAGGGGGUCGGACGGUCAUAUGCACAAUUCAUCAGCCCAGCGCAAAAGUGUUUGAACUCUUUGAUAAGCUUUAUGUCCUCAGUCACGGUCAGUGUAUUUACCAUGGAAGAGUAUCAAACCUCAUCCCUCAUCUAAGAGAGCUGGGACUCAACUGCCCCACCUAUCACAACCCUGCAGACUUCAUUAUGGAGGUGGCAUCUGGUGAAUACGGUGACAAGACAGCUCGGCUAGUAAAAGCCGUCCAAGAGCAAAAAUGUGAGAAAGAUUACAAAAGUGAAAUGAAUGGUAGCGGGCUGCAUACCCCCUUCCUGUGGCACAGACAAUCUGAUGAGGACUCCACAUCAUCUGAGGGUUGUCAUAGUUUUUCUGCCAGCUGUCUGACACAAUUUUGCAUCCUCUUUAAGAGAACCUUUCUUAGCAUCAUAAGGGAUUCGGUUUUGACGCACUUGCGCAUCAUCUCUCAUCUUGGGAUUGGGAUACUGAUUGGUCUUUUAUAUCUGGGCAUUGGAAAUGAGGCCAAGAAAGUUCUGAGCAACUCAGGCUUCUUGUUUUUCUCCAUGUUGUUCCUCAUGUUUGCAGCUUUAAUGCCCACAGUGCUCACCUUUCCCCUUGAAAUGGGCGUCUUUUUAAGGGAACACCUGAACUACUGGUACAGCCUAAAGGCGUAUUAUUUGGCCAAAACAAUGGCUGACAUCCCAUUUCAGGUUGUGUUUCCUGUGGCCUACUGCAGCAUUGUGUACUGGAUGACAUCUCAACCUUCAGAUGCAGUUCGCUUUAUUCUUUUCCUUGCUUUAGGGACGCUCACAUCGCUUGUGGCACAAUCACUCGGAUUGCUGAUAGGGGCAGCAUCAACAUCAUUACAAGUAGCCACUUUUGUUGGUCCGGUCACUGCCAUUCCUGUGCUGCUAUUUUCAGGCUUCUUUGUCAGUUUUGACACCAUUCCAAAAUAUCUUCAGUGGAUAUCAUACAUUUCUUAUGUCAGAUAUGGGUUUGAAGGAGUCAUUUUAUCCAUCUACGGGCUUGACCGUGAAGACCUGCACUGUGACAAAGACGAGACGUGUCACUUUCAGAAAUCAGAGGCCAUUCUGAAGGAGCUGGAUGUUGAAGAUGCAAAGCUCUACUUGGACUUUGUUGUGCUGGGCAUCUUUUUUGUGUCACUACGUCUGAUUGCCUACUUUGUCCUUCGAUACAAGAUCAGUGCUGAGAGGUAGCCCAGUGGUACUGUCAAAACUUUCAUGUCUAUAAAAGACUUAGAGGCGGAGAAAGCCAAAGCAGAGGGAAUUUGUUUCCUCAUUAAGAUCCACUGAUGUUUGGACAAGCAGGAGUCUAGACAGAAACCAUGGGCAGACGUCGAACAUUAAUGCCGAACCCUGUGUUGAUUUUUGAGUCAAUACUGGAGAGUUAAAAUAAUUUCUUUUACUGAAGAUUGAGUAUAUAGACACAAAGCGUGUUUGUUUUGUUCCUGGGCUGUGCAAUGUUUUAAAUCAUAAGACAACAGAUUUGUUGGUCUACUCUGACAGUCCUGCUUCUGCUGCUGGCAUUGCAUGUUGUUUCUUUAGAGUUUAACAAUGUUGAGCUGGUCUCAAAAAAAUUACAAUGUAUAGCAAUCUCAUUAUACAACGAAUUUAGCUACAGUAUGUUAUUGAUAUCUUUUAUUUAUACAAUAACAAGAGUCAUAAGACAAGAUUCUGAGGACUAUUAUGACUGCAUCUUAUGAAGAAAUAUUAUCAUAUUAAUAAAUAAUUUAAUACUUUUACAGCAAAUUUUUUUAAUUAAAUGUAAAUUAUAUAAUU